UUGAAACGAGAUGAUUAUUGUGGUCCUUUUCAACCCAGGCCAUUCUGUGAUUCUAUGAUUCUCAUACAGAACUUUCUGUAUUCCAUUUUUUGCCAAUGCUCUGUUGUUGAGCACCACUGGAAAGAGCCUGACCCCAUCCACUUGACUUCUACCCAUUAGAUAUUUAUAAGCAGUGAUAAGAUAACCUCAGUCUUUUCCAGGCUGAAGACUCCCUGUCCUCUCAGCCUUUCCUCAUAAAGGAGAUAUUCCAGGCCCCUCAUCACCUUUUCAGAUUGCCAAUGGAUUCUUUCCAGGAGAUCCCUGUCUUUCUUGAACUGAGAAGCCCAGAACUGGACACAGUAUUCCAGAUGUGGCAUCACCAGGGCAGACUACAGAGGGAGAAUAACCUCCUUUGUCCUGCUGCUGGCCAAACUCCUUUUAAUGACUCCCAGGAUAGCAUUGGUUUUCUUGGACACAAGUGCACAUUGCUGGCUCACAGUCAACCUGCUGGACACCAGGACAACUAUGUCCUUCUCUGAAGAGCUCCUUCCCAGCAUGUCAGCCCCUAACCUGUACUGAUGCAAGCAGUUAUUUCUCCCCAGGUGUAGGACUCUAUACACUUGCCCUUGCUGAACUUCAUUGGGUUCCUCUUCAUCCAACUCUCCAGCCCGUCCAGGUCUUGUGGAAUUGCAGCAUAGACUUUUGGUGUGUCAGCCAUUCCUCCUAGCUUUGUAUCAUCAGGAAACCUGCUGAGGGUGCAUUCUAUCCCUCCAUCUAAGUCACUGAUGAAGAUGUUGAACAAAACUGGGCCUAAUACCAACCCCGAGGAAAUACCACUAGCUACAGGCCUCCAACUAGACGCUGUGCUGCUGAUCACAGAUCUCUGAGCUCUGCUAGCAUAAUAACAUCCACUGCUCUCCUCUCAUCUACCCAACUGGUCAUGACAGUCACUAGGUGAAGGCACUGCAGAUGAAUAAAGGUAAAAUUAUACAGCUAUAAAAUGACUGUAUAUAACAUGCAAACUUUCCAGCUUAACAAAAAGCAACAUGAGUAAUCCCAUCCUGUCAAGCUUUGUGGUGGUGAUGGUGGAAGUUGUAUAUUGUGAUAAUUCCCUGGUUACAUGUCAUUGCACCUUGUCUAAUUUCCUUACCUCAGGCUACAUCUUCUCAUGUUUAUCUGACACAACCAGAGGAGAUCAUGCAACUGAUAUAACAAGGUGCCCAACAUUUGCAGUGCUGAACAACAUCAUUAAUGUUCAUGAAAUGCUUUCCUUUUCAUGAGAAAAGCAGGAAAAAAAACAUUUUUUUUCCUUUUCCUCAUCAACUUUUAUCAAAUACAGUAAUUUACCCAUCCUGUUUGUUGCAGAGUUAAAUACUGGUGGUUUCAAUAGGUGUCAGUGGGAGAACAGUCUCUGCUUUGAUGCUGCAAGGUCAGUAUGUCCAUCCCUCUUAUCUCAGCCGGGCAGCUGGACCACAAAUCAGGAGUGAAGCCAGGUGAGGGGACCUGUGACAGAGCUGUGAAGGAGGACAGGGAGCUGGCAGCGCUCAGGCCCUGGCAACAGGGAGCUAUGGUAGACAUCAGGCCCUUGGUGCGGCGUCACUGGGUAGGAAGGGGCAGCACCAGCACCCAUGGAAAACAUCCCUCCCAACAGUGCAGGCAGCACCCUGGUUUGGCAUGGAGCACUUGGGAGCUGCUGGCUAUGUUGGCAGCCAGCCUGCUGCUGCUCUGCAUCCCGCUGUGCUACCAGGCCUUUCAUUUCCACGUGGCACAAGCCUACGCACGCCUUGGGUACCCCCACGCCCAGCACAUCGUGGGGCAGAGGUAUCUGCAAGGUGCUGGAGUGGAAAAAAAUGAGAAGCUGGCCAUGCACUGGUUCAGGCAAGCAGCAGGACAGGGCCACCCACACUCCUCCUUCAGCCUGGCACUGGGAGCUCUCAGCAACAUGACGGCAGCAGAGGAGGAAAGGGAAGUGGAAAAACUCCUUGGUGUGGCUGCAGCCCAUGGGCUCCGAGAAGCUCAGGAACUUUUGGAGAACAUUCUCAAGAGCAGAAAGCUGCCCUGAAUGACUGCACCAGCCUUGUCUUCUUCUGCACCUUUAUUGAAAUCGAAUUAUGAGCUGGAGAUCACACCUCAUACCAAUUCAUCUCCUGA